UGUGUGCAUUUCCUCUGGUUAUCAAACCCCCCGAAUAAGUCAGAAUGGGCUGGGACUGGACACGUUCUAACACACCUUUUCCAUUUGCUAAUUAGGCCCUGCCUCUCUGGGACAGAAGACUCCCUAGCUGGCUGGGGAAGGGCAUCACACCAAGACCUGGGACCGCCAUGAAGCUGCUCCAAGGGACCUUCCUCUUCCUUUCUAUAUGCAGCCUCUGCCAUGCUCAAGAAAACCAGGGUCCUACAAGCAUUGCGACAGUGACUACACUAUCCUCACCUACAACACUUACAUCUUCAUCUCCAUCAAUUGGAAAAAAUGAAAUUGUUCAAACUUCAGUGAAUACUCAGGAAAAACAGAACACCACAGUGACUACAUUAACAACAUCAGUAGGAUCAUCAUUGUCAAGCUUAAUAAAUUCCACACUCACUGGAACAGUCAAAGAAUCAUUAUCAACAACUGUGAUUUCUAUAAAGUCUUCAUCUAGCUCAGCAGUGGUAAAGACAGCAAAAGAAACACCCCAAAAUGAGAGCUCAAGUGUUUUCAGCACUGCAAACCCUCAAGAUUUCGAUCAACAAUUUAGGAGUACUGUGUCGACUACACAAAGCAGCCAGAAGAGCAAUCACAUUUUGACAUCAUCAACAAAAAAGCCAGAAAAUACUUUGGGAAUGACUACCACACCCUAUAUCAGGGACCAGGAAAGCACCAAAGACUCUAGCAACACAAGCUCAUUUCUGACCAACUCCUCUUAUUCCAGUGUGAUUUUGCCAGUUGUUAUUGCUCUGAUAGCAAUAACACUCUCAGUAUUUACUCUAGUGGGACUAUACAGAAUGUGCUGGAAAACAGAUCCAGGUACAUCAGACAAUGGAACUGACCAGCCUCAAUCAGAUAAAGAAAGCGUUAAACUUCUCACUGUCAAGACAAUAUCUCCUGAGAUCAGUGAGCAGUCUGCUCAAGGAAAAAAUAAAAACUGACAAGUUGAUGAGUCUUCUCCACACCUGGGCCAAUAAAAAUGUGUGAAAAAACACAUUGCUAUAUGUCACAGGAGUUUCCUUUGAAGAGCAAGUUUCAGUUAAGGACUGCUUAUUCUAAGGAGUGCCAUAUCACAGGCUGAUGAACCAACUUACUGUAUUCCUUCACUAUAUCUUUUCAACUUGAAAAUAUUUACAAUUUUCAGCCUUGGAGAUGUUUGUUAUCUCAAUGGCUUUUUAUUAUCUGGUGUUCAUAUUUAUUUUUUCUUUAUAUGUUAAAGCAGAACCUUGCAAAUCUGUUUAAAAUAUACUAUUGUCCCUUUGUAUAUAAAAGUGUUUUAUGCAGUUUUUUCACAUGCCAGAAACCUAUUUUUUUGCAUACCUGAGUAUGUAUAUAUCCUUUUAUUGUGCUUUUAAUAGGUAAUGAUUUUUUUUUUUUUCAAAAUGCUUAAAGGCAACAUGAAUGUAGAGGUAGCAAUUAUGUAUUUUCUUGACAAAUAUGUGUAUUUCCCCAUUAUAUCUUUAAAAUGUAUUAACUUUGGGACACUCAGCAGUGGAGUUCAGCAGUGAAACAAGGGAGAACAAAGACAUGUCAGUACAAUAUCUGUUCAUUUUUUAUUCCCCAUGUGACUAGGAUUUGAUACCUCUUAAAGGGAUAAAAGCCUAUAUUUGUCAUUAAUCUAUUCAUUCUAUACCCUUUACAUGUAUUUAACGCUUUUAGAAUUUAAGAAAUUUUCCAGUGACCAUAGUUGAAUUUUCCUGAUUAUUAGAAAAUGGACAUUUUAUAAGUACAAAAUUGAGUUAUCAUCAGUCAGUGUACUCCUUUCUUGGAAACAGAAUAUACUGCUAGAUAUCAGCCCAACUGGAAAAAGAUCAUCUCUGGAGAGCUACUUUCUCAACCCCGUUUCUAUGUGCUAUUUUUCCUUCAUGCACAGACAUCCCAAAAGUAAAUCAGAAGAGGUUUUAUAAGACACUUAGGCACUGAUAAGUAUAUCAAAGCUAGCACUUUAGUGCUAAACAAAAUUUUAUUCAUACUCAUUUGAGGAACUCAAGGUCAAUAUAUAAAAUGCAAACUAGUAUAUUUCUUUAAUUUUUUUUUCCCUUUCUCUUGAUAAUGGUAAGUUUGAAGAGAUUUACUUCUGAGGUAAAUAGAUCAUAUUUUUUCCAGCUUCCCAAUGACUGAAAAUUUUCUAAUAUAAAUUCAAGCAUUUACCAUAACCCCACCAUUCAUAUUUCUCUAUUUGCUUAUUUAGAAAGAAGAGGAAGAGAAGGGAAUGAUCAUAAGUAUUAUAUAUUCAAAGCUCUAAGGGACCUUUGAGUUCACCUAGUCCAACUUCCUCAUUAUAUAGAUGAGGAAACUGAAGCCCAGAAAACUUAAAUGGUUUGCUCAAGGGUCACACAAAUACUAUACCAUUUGUACCAGGAUUUAAACCUGUGUUCCUGACUUCAAACCCAUUCCACACCACAGACUUUCAAAGACUGACAAAAGGGACUGAGAUAUAGGAAAAUGAAGGAGGGAGGAGAAAUUCUCCCCUGAAAACAGUCUUCAAAAUGAUGCACUUGAAUCUAAUCCUAAUAGCCUUGAAAGGCUUAUGCAAUCCAAAGAAAAAAGCCAGCACCUCCACACACAGGCAGUCAAUGUCAUUCUAAGCUACUCAAUGGCUACUAUUCUCCUUGGUUAGAAAUUUGAAGAAAAGGAAGUUUCUCUUUUCCUCAAGUGAUAUCACUCAACUUGAGUGGUAUCUCAGCAGUUUAGCAUAUCUUCCAACCAGUUAACUCCCCCAAUGAAUAAGGCACAAUGGUAGUUAAAGGAGAGCUUAUGAUAAACAAGUGUUCCUUUUGGAGGUUCUCCUGAGCUAUCCAAAUCAAGUUCUGUAUGGAAUGAGAGAUUUCAUCAUUAAGCAAAAACUUUUUAAAAGUAUUAUCUCUAUGAGUAGAAUCUUUGAAAAGGCAAAUGGUUACAAUGAAGGCUACUCAUCAGCAUGGGUAGAAUUGUGUACAAAUAUUCAAAAAUCACCUUAUUAUAGAUGACUUUAUCAAAGAUCAUAGGAUCAUAGAUUUAGAUUUAGACCAUAAGUUCCUUGAGAUCAGGAACUGUCUUUACUUUUCUUUGUA